GGUGACACUGUAAGUGCAAUAUCCCUAUAAUAGGACUAUUCGAACCCGGAGCAAGGCCAUGCUGUCUGAACCAGUAGGUUCUGCCUGCAUAGAGUGAAGGGGUGCUAGAUCCACUCCCACCAACCCUCCAGUAGCUCUGGAGACGAAACACUGAGACAGACGGCUAUGCAUACACUAUGCGGAAAAGGAAGUCAAGAACUCGAAUGAGGGAAUGUGCUCUAUCGUUGGAAUAGUAGAGGUUGGACAGGUUGGUCUGCGAGUGUACAAGUGUGUGAGCAUUCGAUGCCCAUGAUCCCUUGCUAUCACGGCGGGCUCCCUGUGUAAGACCGUCCACGAAAAGGGCAAAAACUCAUCUUCGAAGCUCAUCUGCGGCUGAUGAGCUUCGAAGCUGAGAAACCCCCGGUUGUUGAAUGGGUUUUUUUCGGCUAUCGUCAGGUUGACUCCUACCAUAGGCCACUCACGGUUGAGGCGCAUUUUCGGUAGGGACCUUCAUCCUCCUCUGGAGUCUCACGCUGCCGCUACACCGGUAAGGUGAGGGGGAAUGAUUGACGCAGAGUCUGUCAGGUCAGGGGUCCGCCUCUAGGAUUCACGGCUUUGCCCAAGAUCAAGCUGUCUCAUGGCUGGUGUGGACACCCUUACGCCUCAACUAGCUCGGCUCGAGCCGUACCGCUACGACUCUCACGGCCAAGGUUGGAACCCGGGAUAGACAUGAGAUUGUUGGAAGGAAUUUGGCUGGAAUAACAUGAUAUGUUUGUAUUUUUUGGCGCUAAUUAAUGGUGGGUGCCUGUGAUUGGCAGCCAGGGGCGAAGUCACGCCGGCAGUAUUCACUGCAGUGCGGCGAGCCUUGGAGCCGCCAACGGCACGGGACUAUUCACGUGCUUUGAGAUUCUACGUGUGGUGUCUACGACAGCCCGCUCAUCCUGCCAGGAUUUACUGCACAGUGGACCAGAAGACAUGGUGACGCCCCUACGAGCAUUGUUUGAAGAUCAUCGCAGCGGAGGGCCACACUGAGUACUGAGGGUUGACUAUGUUACGUUUCCUUCCUCCAGCGUCAAAAUGCCAAUUCAUGGAUCGGGGGCGUUAUAAACGGCGACUGAGAACUGAUCGGAACCAAUACAAACGGAGUGGCACACCGUGACUUGAACAGAUCUCCGAUAUUGUCUCUAUCAGCAAGCAUGAUCCAAUCCCAAGGUAGGCUGCUGGAUUGGCAAAAAGGAAGUGCAGCUUGUGCUUCAAGCAAUGAGACUGCUCCAAGAUAUUACCGCCGAAACCGGCUCUGUUGCAAGAAUGCAGUCCUUCCGGUGAGACCACAUGUCUACGGUCUGCCCAUUUCUGGAUCACCUUUGUGGCAGGCUUGGAAAUCAAGCAAGUGUGGGCUUCUACCUUGGAAUCUCCCUAGCAGGCUGCUAGUAGGCUGCUGUCCCCGAUUUGUGCUUCUAUUUUUCCGUGGAACGUUUGACACGAAACAGGGGCCCUGCGCUGGAUCCAGGCUCGAAGAUGUAUUAUACCAGCGUGUUAAGCAGAACACUCCCUCCUUGGUUCGCGGAAUAACACGUCUCGAGCUUGGCCUACCGCUCAUGCCCAUCAUCUAUGCCUCCCAUUGAAGGCACGGCUCCAAGCCUGAGACCGCUACGAGAAGAGCGGCCACGGCACCCGGUGGCGGCCAGCACGGCGCUAUCUAGGAAGGCCAAGUCUACAUAAGGCAGUUCUCCCUCGUUCGCCAGGCCUGUCAACCCAGCAAGUAAUCGCCAAUAUCAGAAGUCUUUGUUACACGAAGCGAAGCCCCAGGGGAACAGUAUUGUAAUAUCAGCAUGGCGCAGUGUGCAACGCAGGUACAACUCCAGGAGCUGCCCUGCCCACCUGCAUCCAGAGCGCGCACUUUCAUCGCACAAAGAGUAUCAUAACGACGACAAAGACUGCUGUGUCUACGUCUACGGUGUCCAUUAGGCCCCACGAACGAUCUAGCCUCAUCCUGUAUAUUUGAAUUUCACGUUGACGAGCCUAUCUGCUCGAUGCCCAGACCCGUCGGGCUGGACCUUUGAAUAUGACGGGGCAUGAAUUGCCUCGUGUUGUCAGCGUGCAAAGAUGAACACGCAAACAGUAUAGAGAGGUGGCUCUCGGUUUGGCGAUUAGCCCCUAUCACACCAACUUAGAAUCCGUUGUAUGUACGUAUGCAUGUACACGAAUGCCAUAUCCAC